CUCUGAUCUGAGCUCUACCUGCAUCACUCUCCGGUAUUAAAUCAAUAAUAAACCCUGUACCGGAACCGGAAUCCUGAUCAUUACUGUUCAUUCAUUAAUCAUUCGGUGGAGCUCGUUACUGAUCAGGGAUGAAGGUGUGGAGCGUUGACAGCGCGCGCGUCAGGCGGAUCGUCCGCGAGGAGGGAUCGAGCUGUCUGAUCCUGGACUGCCGCCCGUACCUGUGCUUCACGCGCUCCAGCAUCCGGGGCUCGCUGAACGUCAACCUGAACUCCGUGGUGGUGCGUCGCGCGCGAGGAGGUCCCGUGCCGCUGCGCUCCGUCAUCCCGGACGAGCGCGCGCUGUACCGGCUCCAGGAGGGCCGCGUGAGCGCCGUGGUGGUGCUGGAUGAGAGCACGCGCCGCCUGCAGGCGCUCAAAAAGGACAGCGUCGCGCGCCUCGCCAUCCGCAGCCUCGCGCACCGGGUCGGCCGCGCGCACAUCUGCUUCCUUAAGGGAGGUUAUGAGAGCUUCCAUGAGCACUAUCCUGACCUGUGUACUGAGGCUAAACUCACUCCAGAGAUCAACACUGCUGAUGCGGACUGGAGCGACACAAGGGAAGUCCGGCCGGACCCGGAAUACCAUCAGGAUGGCCCAGUGGAGCUGUUGCCCUUCCUGUACCUGGGCAGCGCCCACCACGCCCGGCGGCUCGAAUGUCUGAGCGAGCUGCAGAUCACCGCCCUGCUGAACGUAUCCCGGCGGGACUGGCAGGGUGCCGACGGGCCGCAGCGCUACAAACGCAUCGCUGUAGAGGACGACCACACGACCGACAUCGGCUCACACUUUCAGGAGGCCAUCGACUUCAUCGACGAGGUGAAGCGGGAGGGUGGAAGGGUGCUGGUGCAUUGCGAAGCGGGCAUCUCGCGCUCACCCACGAUCUGCAUGGCGUACCUGAUGAAGACCCAGCGGCUGCGCCUGGAGGAGGCGUUCGACGCCGUGAGGCAGCGGCGCUCCGUCGUCUCGCCCAACUUCAGCUUCAUGGGUCAGCUGCUGCAGUUCGAGAACGAGGUUCUGGCGUCGCCUGACGACACGGAAGAGCGCCGCGAGGACGCCGAUCGGAACGGCAGCGGCGGCCAUGAGUUCAGCAUGGAGAAAAACUUUGAGGCGACGGUUUUCUCAUUUCCUACCUCCUUCCUGUCGCCCAUCGGUCUGAGCCCCAUCACCGCCCAGCCUUAGCCUUCUGAAAUACAGAGGUCAGACGGGAAGCUUAAUGCGAGCAUGACGGGAAAUGAAACAGAGAAUGAGCAGAACAGCUUUAAAGCUGCAGUAUGGGACUUUUUAUUUCAGCUCGGCCUCAACACAUAAAUUAAUGUACACUAAAUGGACAAAAAGUAUAUGGACACCUACCCAUAAGAACCAAUAUGGAGCUAUAACAGCCUCCACUCCUCUGGGAGGGCUUUCUUUUUGAUCUUGGAGUAUGACUGUGGGCCUAUUAAGUUGAAGGAGCACGCCUCAGAAUUGACGUUCCACUUGUUUAGAAAACUAUAAAGCCUGUUAUUUAUUUUAUGUAAAUUAAUUAGCUAAUCAGGAGGGUGACUUUUGGCCAUAUAGUGUACAGUAAUAUUAGGACUAAAGUAUUAAAGUGUGGGUGGCUGUAGGUUAAAAACUGCUCUAGCACAUGGUGUUAAUCGCGACAAUCAGGUCGGAUUUAACCCUAUGGCAUCAUAGCAAGGAUAGACGGGCUGGAAAGAGCAGCACUAAAGACUCUACUAAAUGUUUGGUCCCCAGAAGGAACAUAGCGCUGCUUUAAACACCCACUAUACCCAUUCCUCAUCCCAAGUCAGUAGCACUAUUUUGAACAGGCAUUUGCAGCAGGUACAACAUGGCGAAAGCAAUUUUCAUCCAUGUUACCGCUGUACUGCUGAUUUCUUUCCAACUAAAUGUCAAGUUCGGUUCGUGUGCUGACUAGCUGGUUUGUUAAACAGCAGGUUACCAUUUAGCUACAGCUAACAGGGAAUAUUUAGUACCUUAUUCAACAUGCAAUACAAAUAUUAGGAGGAAAAAGUGGCUUGUGCAUCAAUAUCGAGCUUCUUUUACACACAUUAUAUAAUAUUAUACAAAGGUUUAGACAUCCUAACUCAAAUUUCUUUCAAUCUUUUGUUUAAUUUCUAAUUUUAAGAUCAUCAUUUUUGCACACGCCACAUUUUAUGUUUUGACCAGAUCCUAAACUUAGCAAAUAAACACUGCGAGAUAAAUUCACCAGCAAUAAAUUUACCACAUAAGCACAAUGUAUGAUGAGUAAACUGAUAUUGUAAUUUACAGGAUGGAUAGCCGUACAGUUUCCUGAUUGGUUUAUGUGUAAACCAAAGCUGAUACAUUAGCGGUCGUCAGAAAUAUUGAGGUGAGGAAGCCAGAAAGAACGAUUGAACCCAAGUAUAAGUAUGUUAUAAGUAUGUUAUAAGUGAGUUUUUCUGACUUGCACUGUAUCUGUGGACCAGGAACAACCAGUGUAGAAAGACAUUUAGCAUUUAGCAGACGCUUUAAUCCAAAACGACUUGCAUUUAUAAUAAAUACAGUCAAAGUAACUGAGCCAGUGGCAACUUGACAGUGGGGCUUGAACCAGCACCCUUUUAAAUACAAGUCCGGUACCCUAAACGCUGAGCUACCACCGCCCAGUUAGUCAGUGUUUUAUACUUGAACAGGUUUGAUUAGUGCUUCCGUCGUUAGCAUGUCAGUUUAUACAGACUCUAUUACCUAAAUGUGUUUUGACAAAACUAAGACUUUAAACUUUAUUUCUAAGACUAGCUUUAUAAAUAAUAUAAGAUCCUGCAAUAUUUAUACAAUCAACUGAUAGUAUAAAAACAUUCUACGUAAAUACUUAUAGCUGUGUUGUUUCGUAUACCUUGUACCCAACAAAAAAAGGAAUACUGAUCAUGUUUACAUGUAAAUCACCUCGUCUUUUUAAUAUAGAACUAGUGUCAUGUAGCAAUUCACAUCCUACACUGUUGUAAACGGUCCUCCUGCCCAUCAGUGGCUCAUCCAACAAACUCCUUGAGCUGAUACGCACCAGAACUUCCAUUAAUAUGCCUGCAGGAAAGAGCAAAAACAGUAUCGGAAUGAUCUGAUUGUGUUUAAAAAUGAAGUGUUAUUUUUAUGUUUGCCUUAGAACGAGUCGCUGUGCACAGCGGACAUGCUGCAAUAAAGCCUUAGUUUAAGAAUAAUUUCUGCCUAUUGUGAAGCCUACUGAGACAAAUCAGAUAAAUUAUUAUGUUUUGUUGGUUUUUUAUUUAAUUAAGUGACUCUGUUAAUAAACGUUUUUGCAAAAACA